AGUUAAAAAGAAAAGCAAAAGAAAAGGGUAAAGAAAACCACAAGUGUUUAGGGAAAUCUCACUUUCAAGUACACAGAAGGGUUGAGUUUCCCCAAAUUCAUCCACUUCCAACUCAAGAAUCACAGAUUUCAACACAGAAUCUCGUCAUCAUCAGCAGGAUUUUGAUUUUGUGUACUGAAGCGUUAAAUCUCCGUCACGUGGGUUUGAAUUUGGUACGAAGGUGCAAGAUCCUUGUGGUUUCAGAAAAUGAGUAGUUUAGUUGAAAGACUUCGUGUUAGAUCCGAUUCAAGGCCUCGCUAUAGCUUGGAUGAAUCUGACGAGGAGUCAGACCUCCUGUUCGGUAAAUCUAAAAAAUCCGAAGAUUUCGAGAAAAUUGUCAGAGACGACGCGAAAGAGGAUUCAUGUAACGCCUGUGGUGAAUCUGGGAAUCUACUCGUUUGUGAAACGUGCACGUAUGAAUACCACCCCAAGUGUUUAAUGCCUCGUCUAAAAGCUCCUCUUCCCACCGCCUGGAGAUGUCCAAAAUGCGUUAAUCCUCUAAACGAUAUAGAAAAGAUUCUGGACUGCGAAAUGAGGCCUACGGUCGCUGAUGACGGUGAUGCUUCGAAACUUGGUUCAAAACAGAUAUUUGUGAAACAAUAUCUCGUUAAAUGGAAAGGAUUAUCUUAUCUUCAUUGCACAUGGGUGCCGGAAAAGGAGUUUAUAAAAGCUUACAAGGAACUGCCUCGUUUGAGGACAAAAGUAAACAACUUUCGCAAGCAAAUGCCUGUCGGCAACAGCUCAGAAGAUGAUUUUGUCCCGAUUAGGCCCGAAUAUACGAUGGUUGAUCGAAUUCUUGCAUGCAGGCAAGAUGAUCAGGAAAAGGAAUAUCUAGUAAAAUGGGUAGGACUUAACUACGACGAAUGUUAUUGGGAAUCGGAAUCGGAUAUCGCAUCAUUUCAGCAACAAAUCGAGAAUUUUAAUAGACUGCAGUCUCGAUAUCGAAAACUAAGGAAACAAAAAAGCAACGUUCGUGAUGGGUUUGACUCGAAAAACAAGUCAAAAGAGUUUCAGCAGUUUGAAAAAAGUCCCGAGUUUCUUCCCGGAGGCGAGCUCCAUCCGUACCAGCUUGAAGGGUUGAAUUUCUUGCGUUUCUCAUGGUCUAAACAAACACAUGUGAUACUUGCAGACGAAAUGGGUCUUGGAAAAACAAUACAGAGUAUUGCUUUUUUGGCAUCUUUAUACGAAGAGAACGUCUCCCCUCAUUUAGUAGUAGCACCGCUUUCGACAUUAAGGAACUGGGAACGCUGAUCAACAUGGCCCUUUUACAGCCAUUCUCUGAUGCUGCCAAAACAACCCACAACUCUCACAAAUUCUCAUUCAAACUCUCUCCCACAAAUUAUGGAUAUUGGAAGGCUAUACUUCAACCCUUUUUGCUUACAAACAAUCUCUAUGGCUAUGUGGAUGGCACAAUCCCAUGUCCACCAGCCACUAUUCAACCACCCUCCCCUGCUGCUGAUCGACCACCACCAGAACCACAACCAAACCCUAAUCACACCACAUGGCUAUCAAACGAUGCUCAUAUUCGUAUGCUCAUCCUUUCAACUAUCUCCGAAUCUGCCUUCAGUCAUGUUCAACACACUAGCACAUCACGUGAACUCUGGUUGGCUCUUGAACGAGCCUAUUCACCCAACACUAUCUCCCGAGAAUUUACUCUCAAACAACAACUGCUGAAAAUCGAGAUGAAAAGUGAUGAAGCAUCAUCCGCCUACCUUGAACGAGCACAAGAGUACGCGGACGCUUUAGCCAAUAUUGGUGAACCGGUAAAAGAAAAGGAUCUGGUUAUGUUGGUUGUUGCUGGAUUACGAGACGAGUACCAUGCACUUAAGAGUAACAUUCUCACUCGACAAUUCCCUACUGCUUUUAACGAAUUACAUGCCCUGAUUUCUGACCAUGACUUUAUGAUCAAAAAAUCUUUACCCACUGUCCCUCCUGCCCAGGCAUUCACAGCCGCAACCAACAACCCCGUACCCGCUACAUCUCCUCUCGGCCCCUCUCACUCUCCCACCAUCCAAGCCUUACAACAACUUGUUAACCAACUGAGCAUUCAGCCCCAGUCCUUGCAACCAGCUUUACCUCAACCUCAAGCUUAUUACACCAACCGUUCUGGAAAUACUAGGGGUCGUGAUCAAAACAACAGACGGGGGCGAGGUUUUUACAACAACAAUACAAACUACAAUCACCGUAAUCAGAACAGCAACAACCGCAACCAGUUUUCAUGGGCAUCUACCCAGAACACAGUUUUUGGUACAUGUAUUCGAUGUGGAAUUGGCCACAUCCCCUCUCAGUGCCCCAACCGAGACCCGUCUACCAUGCGUGGUCGUUCACCGUCUGCCAAUUAUGCUGAUGCCCGCUCACAAGCUUCCACCUCUUGGUGUCCGGAUACCGGUUCUACUCACCAUGUGACACCUGAUCUUUCAAGCUUUGAGUAUUCUGAACCAUAUAAUGGUGGGGACAAUCUUUUUGUUGGUGAUGGACAAGUUUACACGCACUACCCUCCUCACGGGUCCCAGCAAUGAUGGUCUUUACUCAUUCUGUCUUCCUCGGAUUCAGGAUGUUCCCAAAGUUGCUUUCUCCACUGCUCGUGCUUCGUACAAGACUUGGCAUCAAAGGCUUGGUCAUCCACAUCAUCAAACUUUAAAUUCUAUGCUUUCUAAGUAUUUUUUACCUGUUUCAGACAAAAAUUCUGGUUUUGCUUGUGAUUCUUGUUUUGUGGGAAAAUCUUCCAAACUUUCAUUACCUUUAUCUGAUUAUAAAAGUUCACAUGUCUUAGAUUUGGUUAUUUGUGAUGUUUGGGGCCCUGCACCAGUUUCUUCGUAUGAUGGUCACCAUUAUUUUUUAUUAUGUGUUGAUCAUUAUUCUAAAUUCAUGUGGUUCUUUCCCUUAAAACUUAAAUCUGAUGUGUUUAUCACUUUCCAACACUUCAUAACCAUGGCUGAACGACAGUUUAAAACAAAACUUAAAUCGGUCCAAACCAACUGGGGAGGUGAGUUUCGAAAAUUAUCCCCUUUCUUUUUAGAACAUGGUAUUAUCCACAGACUUUCAUGUCCACAUACAAGUGAACAGAAUGGCGUCGUUGAGCGUCGUAAUCGCCACGUCGUUGAAACUGGGCUUACUUUACUCGCCCAGUCUCAUGUUCCACAAAAAUUCUGGCACUUUGCUUUUGGCACGGCAGUUUACUUAAUUAACCGGAUGCCUUCUCGCUACAACUCACAUAUGUCUCCAUUUGAACAUCUUUUCCAUCGCAAACCCGAUUACUCUUUUCUUCGGGUUUUUGGGUGCCAAUGCUACCCACAUCUUCGAGCCUACAAUUCUCACAAAAUGGAUUUUCGAUCCAUUCCGUGUGUUUUUCUCGGAUAUAGCACCUCACAUUACGGAUACCGGUGCUUUGAUCUCCACUCUAACCGGCUUUAUAUUGCUCGUCAUGUUCGCUUUAAUGAACAUGCCUUUCCUUUUCAACCAUCCCCAUCUUCUGCCCAACCAACACCACAAUCUCCUUAUUAUUCCUCUUAUCCCACUCCACCUAUAUCACCAGAUCAAACACCUACCACAUCGGCCCACUCACACCCACCAGCCCAAGCCCAAACAUCCACCCCACCAGCCCACUCCACAUCACCAGCCCCUACAUCACCAACCCAUACAUCAACCCCCAUAUCCAACUCAACUCCACCACCCCCUUCGGCAUCCUCACCUACAAACACUACUUCCACUCCUCCAUCUGUUUCAUCCUCCAUACCUGUUCCUCCUCCUCCACCGCCACCUCGAACCCGCCCACCUAAUUUGCGACCCAAUCCGAAACAACCUUCUCGGUACAAUCCUUCCUCCUACACUACAACCAUCUCCCCGGGUACUGAACCCGUGUCCUUUGCUAUUGCCAACAAAGAUCCUCACUGGCGGAAAGCCAUGGCUGAAGAAUACUCGGCGCUUGUUCGAAACGGCACUUGGUCUUUAGUUCCACGUAGUCAAAAUAUGAAUGUUGUGGAUUGCAAAUGGGUAUACAAAUUAAAACAGGAUCAAACUGGAGCUGUCACGCGUUACAAAGCGCGUCUUGUAGCUAAAGGUUUUCGCCAACAACCGGGUGUGGAUUAUCAUGAUACAUUUAGCCCGGUUGUCAAGGCUACUACCAUUCGUGUUGUCUUGUCUAUUGCUGUCACGAGAGGGUGGUCUCUUCGACAAUUGGAUAUACAAAAUGCCUUUUUGCAUGGUGAUCUCAAAGAAACUGUUUAUCUCCAACAACCACCUGGUUUUAUUGAUCCUCAAAGACCAGAUCAUGUGUGUCUUCUUCAUAAGUCUCUUUAUGGGCUUAAACAGGCUCCACGGGCGUGGUUUCAUCGGCUGUCAUCUGCUCUAAUUGCCCUUGGAUUUAGAGGAUCCAAAACAGAUCCCUCCUUGUUUAUUUAUUCAGUAGGGAACACUCUAUUAUAUAUGCUGGUUUAUGUGGAUGAUAUUAUCCUCACUGGCAAUAAUCCUGCUGCCAUUGAUAACAUUGUUCAUCUUCUUAGCACCACUUUUGCGGUUCAAGACUUAGGGAAGUUGUCCUACUUUCUGGGGAUUGAGAUUGUGCAACAUGGCAAAGAUAUCUUAUUGUCUUAAAAGAAAUAUAUUUUGGAAUUACUAAGCCGGGCUGGGCUUUCUCAAGCCAAACCGGUUCCUUCACCCAUGACCACUUCUGCCAAUCAAACACUUGGUGACAGCGCCCCAUAUGAUAACCCGGUUCAGUAUCGACAAAUUGUUGGGGCUCUUCAGUAUGUUACGUUAUCUCGCCCAGAUCUGACAUUUGCAGUCAACAAAUUCUGCCAGUUUAUGCAUUCUCCCACGGUUAAUCAUUGGUCAGCUGUUAAACGGGUACUGCGAUAUCUUCGGGGCACAUCUGAUUUUGGUCUUUUAUUGCAUCAUAAAUCUGCCUCGUUACUUCAUGCUUAUACCGACGCAUCUCUUACAGCGUAUUCUGAUUCUGAUUGGGCUGGCUGCCCGGAUGACCGUCGCUCCACCGGGGGAUUUGCCAUUUAUCUAGGUAACAAUCUUGUUUCUUGGGCUGCUCGUAAACAGAAGACUGUCUCUCGGUCAUCCACAGAAUCUGAAUACAAGGCGCUGGCCGACACUGUUGCUGAACUGACUUGGCUAGAGAAACUUCUUCGUGAAUUGUGUGUUCCUAUCACCACUGCUCCUACAUUGUGGUGUGACAACUUGGGAGCUACCUACUUAUCUGCUAAUCCAGUGUUUCAUGCGAGAACAAAGCAUGUUGAAAUUGACUUUCACUUUGUACGCGAAAAGGUUGCUCAACAACAGCUGGUCGGACUAAACAUGAUUCUUUCAAGCAUGUUUACUAAUCUAGAAAUAUCCUCAUAAAAAUUGAGAGCCCAAAGAUUACAUUGAGAACAAUGUGUAGAAGUAUUUGGUGUGUAUAGGCUUUAUGAAAGUAUGCGGUUUGUAUGGUUUGACGAAAUUCCGGACUACAAAAUCUUCUAAGUGCUUAAGAUCUCGUAUUUGACCUAAAUAAUAACACCUAAGGGGGGAUCUGUAUAAAUCAAUUACUGAUCCUCCUUUUGAACCAACAAUACAUCCUAAAAGGGGAUCUUACUAAACAUGCACAAAAUCUUCUAAGUGCUUAAGAUCCCCUAUUUGGACUAAAUCAUAACACCUCAGGGGGGAUCUGCAUAAAUCAAAUAAUGAUCCUCUUUUUGAACCAAAAAUACAUCCUAAAAGGGAUGUAUUCUCUUGUGUUUCGGCUCAACGCCACCACAUGAUGCAUGAUUAACUAUCCCCCUCUUUUAACUUUAUUUUCAUGAAAUUAGUAAAAUAACGUUAAAAUUAGUGCACUUUCACUUGUCCCCCCAAACGCCUACAUAUAUAUACAUUAUAUGUGCAUACCGUAAACGGAUACGUAUCAUGCAGGUAUCAUGAAGAGUCAUUGAAUACAAAUAUACGUGUUAAAAUUGUCUUUAACCAAACAUGGUUAAGUGUUGAAUCAGUAAGAGUUCUGAACUAUUAAAUGCUUAAGCAGUAUGAUGUCUAAACUAUUAAGAGACAGUAUAAUGCUUAAGCACUGUCUCCAAACAUUAGAAAAAAUGAAUUUAGUGAUGGAUUAUUUGAAAAAUAAAUGAAUAAACAAACCUUAUCCGUGUCGACAUCACGAAUAAUUACGACAAUAACUUCCUCAUUGUUGGGUUGCCUUAUUCGUAUGUUAGGUUAUUGCGUUAGAUAUGUCAUUUAACCCUUCUUUAUACACAUGUGUUCGGUUUGACAAUUUUCAUUCAACAAUUUUUUUUUUCACCAAAAAUUUUUAAAAAAUCAUCCUAUUGCUCGGUUAUAAAAAGAAAAAGAAAAAAAGAAGCCAAAAAAAAAUAUUUUUUUUCACUUUUUGCACUAUUUGGUCACACCGUCAUGGAUACACAUGUGUAGCACAGGGUGAUACACAUGUGUAUCACAGGAUGAUACACAUGUGUAUCAUGGAUACAAAUGUGUAUCAAAGAUUGAUACACAUGUGUAUAAACGAAAAACACAUGUGUAUCAAAGAAAAACAUAUGUAUUUUUCGUUGAUACACAUGUGUAUCAACGAAAAUCACAUGUGUAUCAAAGAUAAACACGUGUAUUUUUAGUUGAUACACAUGUGUAUCCCAUGUUGAUACACAUGUGUAUCCCAUGUGUAUCAACCUGGGAUACACAUGUGUAUAAAAGACGGUGUUGAAAAAUAGCACAAAUUUGAAAAAAAAAAAUAUAUUUUUUUUGGCUUGUUUUUUCACUUUUUUUUUUCAUA